AUGCCAAUGGAAGUGCUUACUGCUCACACACAGAUGCGAUAUGUCGACCACAGUUUCGACAACAUUCGACGUUUUCGACGAUAUCGGCAUUUUCAGCACCUUCAAUAUGACCAGAGAAUGAUUCCGGAGAGGCUGUUGUUUUUGGGCCCAGACUUGGCAGCUGCCCAUUUUCUGGUUCAUAGAGGUGCCUCCGUCAAGUUUGUUGGUGAUGAUACGUGGUACAAGAAGGAUAAAAACAGUCGCUACAACCUUCCAGGAACAAAAAUUCCUGGUCUUUAUUUAGAGGCAAUAGACGCUUCUGGAACCGAGCUUAUGUUUGAAGGUUUCGAGAAUCUUCAAAGCUUAAAUCACCUGAGGAUGUUAAGGUUGGCAGAUUGUCCCUACAUCGAUGACUGGGCACUGUCGAGAAUUGGAGGGAUGAUGGAUCGUCUAGAAAUGUUAGAUUUAAGCGGUUGUCAUCGCGUUUCAGCGAAAGGUAAGUGA